CACAACUCUUGAGGCUGACAAAGAAACACACUUACCACGCAAACAUCCAGACAUCAACAGCCCUUAAAACCUCCUCAACCACCAACUUCUUACCCACGAGCAGUGUCAACACAAUACCCGAGCCUCGAGCCACUCUACUCACCCACUACCCCUCAGUCGACUUCAUAAGUUGGCCCCCCAAGGCAACAAGCCGGAAGCCCUCCUCCGCAACCCUUUGAUCCCCAAGGCGACAAAGGAAAACAUAACAUAACUAGCGGCUCGACGCUUCCAAAUAACCAGACCUCCCAUAUCAAACCCUUCCAUACUCACCAGCACAUCUUCACUUCACAAUGGCGGACGCUUUAGCUGGGAAGCUGGAGUCCACCACAUUAGGCAGCAGCCAAAACGACCCAGACUGGAAAAAAAAACUGAAGAUCCCAGCGAAGGACAACAGACAACAAACUGAGGAUGUUACCGCAACCAAGGGCCUCGAGUUUGAGGAGUUCUCCAUCAAGCGCGACCUACUCAUGGGGAUUUUCGAGGCGGGCUUUGAGAAGCCAUCACCCAUCCAGGAAGAAGCUAUCCCAGUCGCCCUCACGGGCCGAGAUAUCCUUGCCCGUGCAAAGAACGGAACUGGCAAAACCGCUGCAUUCGUUAUCCCGGCGCUUGAACGCAUCAAUCCCAAGAGCUCCAAAAUCCAAUGUCUUAUCCUCGUCCCAACCCGCGAGCUUGCUCUCCAAACGUCUCAAGUUUGCAAGACCCUUGGGAAACAUCUUGGCGUAAAUGUCAUGGUCACAACCGGUGGUACAGGGUUAAGAGAUGAUAUUGUUCGCCUCGCUGAGCCUGUUCACAUCGUUGUCGGCACUCCAGGACGAAUACUCGAUCUUGCAGGCAAAAGUGUUGCAGAUCUCAGCGAAUGCCCCAUGUUCAUCAUGGAUGAAGCUGAUAAACUUUUGUCUCCUGAAUUUACACCUGUCAUUGAGCAGCUUCUUCAAUUUCAUCCCAAGGACCGCCAAAUAAUGCUUUUCAGCGCAACCUUCCCUCGAUCCGUCCAGGCCUUCUCCGUUAAGAACAUGGACCAGCCAUACGAGAUCAACCUCAUGGACGAACUCACCCUCCGCGGUAUCACCCAAUAUUACGCCUUCGUUGAAGAGAAGCAGAAGGUCCACUGCCUGAACACACUCUUCUCCAAGCUUCAAAUCAACCAAUCUAUCAUCUUCUGCAACUCCACAAACCGUGUCGAACUCCUCGCCAAGAAAAUCACAGAGUUAGGAUACUCUUGCUUUUACAGUCACGCUCGCAUGCUUCAAGCUAACCGCAACCGUGUUUUCCACGACUUCCGUAACGGAGUCUGCCGCAAUCUUGUCUGCUCUGACUUGCUCACUCGUGGUAUUGAUAUCCAGGCCGUUAACGUUGUCAUCAACUUCGACUUCCCGAAAAAUGCCGAAACUUAUCUCCAUCGUAUUGGUCGCUCUGGUCGAUUCGGACAUCUUGGAUUGGCGAUCAACCUGAUCAACUGGGACGACCGCUUCAACUUGUACAACAUUGAGAAGGAACUGGGCACAGAGAUCCAGCCUAUUCCCGCCAUGAUUGAUAAGAAUCUAUACGUUUAUGAUUCGCCCGAGAGCAUCCCGCGCCCGAUUUCCAACCCUGCACCACGUCAGCAACCUCCAAGAGAGCAACUUCAGAUUCAACAGCGCGGCGGUCAGGCACUGGCAAACUACAGCAAUGGACGUCAAGGCCCACCCGGCGAGGCACAGCCUCAAGCCCAGGCCCAGGCACAAGCCCAAUUACAACAGGGCCAGUCUCAAGGACAGCGCCAACCAUCGAACCAACCCCAGGGUCAACAACGCAACCAAAACUUCUCCCGGGGCAACGCGAGGGUCGGAGCCCAACCCGGCCGCGGCCGCGGAUUCGACGGCGCAAGAGGCGGCAGAGGCCAAGCACCUCCACCAUCGUAGACCGCACUAGUUGCGGUCUGGCAGUGACUGGAUGGUUCUUGUUGCCUUGUACAUAUUUAUAUUUCUUUUGGACAACCCUAAUAAUAGGAUGGGUAGGCGAGCACCACUCUCUCAGCAGAUGGGCGCCCAUUUGAUUCCACGGGGUUACGACUCACUUUGCCUGGAGUUUGGUUUCCCGCUUUGGCGGUGGACUUGACAGUCUGCACAACAAAGUUGCUUCCGAGCGUGCCAAAUAGUUUCUUCUAGCUUGUACCAUAUGAAUCUUUGUCUAUCUAGGCUACGCGCGUGGCGUAGAAUGAGAUUGAAGGGAAGUUCUUCUGGGGCAUAUCUUACGACGACGGGAGAGGUGGAGUGUACGACGGCGAUGGCGGCGGUGGCGGGGUGCCCUGGCGUUUGGACUGAGCGAGGUUCCAGAAGAUGUCCUGGAUCCUUUAGCUGCUCUGCUUUAUGGGACAACAUUCGGCAUGGCGUUAUAGGGAUAGAGAUUUUUUACUCGGCCUUUUUCGUACCUGUUCUGCUUAAUGGCGUGGUCGGGGGGGUUGGGGGGGUGGUACAUAUCAUCUAUCACGAGCUGCACUGGCAGUGCAAAUGCUCGAUGAUGUUUAUGAUGGGAUGAUUUAGAGACAAUUGAUGGUCACUUGUUGUACGAUCCGAGACGAUGAGCCUGGGCCUAGACGGGGAGGGUGGAUGAUAAAAAAAACACAAAAUUAGUUUUUUUUUUGGAGAGUUUGGAGCAUAGAACUUAGCAGGAUUAGGCCUGUUUCCGUGUUGCAGAUGUUUUAGCAAAUAUAAUCCUUCUCU